AUGGUCAGGUAUGACGUUACACAACUUUUUACAUUUGGAGUUCAAAGAUUACCAUCCCUCAUAGCCCUUGAACUGAGAUCAGUUUACAUUCAAUCUGAUACUUGUUACUUUUUCUUAACCUCUUUGUGUCAAUCUGUUACUUGUUACUUUUUCUUACUCUCUUCGUGGCAUUCUGUUACUUGCUACUUUUUAUUACUCUCUUCGUGUCAGUCUGUUACUUGCUACUUUUUCUUACACUCUUCGUGUCAGUCUGUUACUUGCUACUUUUUUGUUACCCUUUUUGUGUCAAUUUUGUUACCCUUUGUGUCAAUCUGUUACUUGCUACUUUUCUUACCCUUCUUCUGUUACUUGCUACUUUUCUUCAGUCUUGUUAGUUGUUACUACUUUUCUUACACUCUUCGUGUCAGUCUGUUACUUGCUACUUUUUUGUUUUUGUGUCAAUUUUUCUUGCUACUUUUCUUACCCUCUUCGUGUCAGUCUGUUACUUGCUACUUUUUCUUACACUUUUCUUGUCGUGUCAGUCUGUUCUGUUACUCUUUGCUUACUUUUUGUUUUUGUUACCCUUUUGUGUCAAUCUGUUACUUGCUACUUUUUCUUUUUCGUGUUACCCUUUUCGUGUCAGUCUGUUACUUGCUACUUUUUUUUCUUCCCCUUCGUGUCAGUCUGUUACUUGCUGCUUUUUUUUCUUACCCUCUUCGUGUCAGUCUGUUACUUGCUACUUUUUCUUACCCUCUUCGUGUCAGUCUGUUACUUGCUUUUUUUUUUGUUACCCUUUUGUGUCAAUCUGUUAUCUUGCUACUUUUUUCUUACCCUUCUUCGUGUCAGCCUGUUUCUUCAGUCUACUUUUCUUACCCUCUUCGUGUCAGUCUGUUACUUGCUACUUUACUUUUUCUUAGUCUCUUCGUGUCACUUUUUCUGUUACUCUUGUCUACUUGCUACUUUUUGUUACCCUUUGUGUCAGUCUGUGUUCCUUUUCUUACUUUUUCUUACCCUCUUCGUUCAGCCUGUUACUUGCUACUUUUUUUUCUUCGUGUCAGUCCCUCUUUUCGUGUCAGUCUGUUACUUGCUACUUUUUCUUACACUCUUCGUGUCAGUCUGUUACUUGCUACUUUUUUGUUACCCUUUUGUGUCAAUCUGUUACUUGCUACUUUUUCUUACCCUCUUCGUGUCAGUCUGUUACUUGCUACUUUUUCUUACCCUCUUCGUGUCAGUCUGUUACUUGCUACUUUUUCUUACACUCUUCGUGUCAGUCUGUUACUUGCUACUUUUUCUUACCCUCUUCGUGUCAGUCUGUUACCCUCUUCGUGUCAGCCUGUUACUACUUUUUCUUACCCUCUUCGUGUCAGUCUGUUACUUUUGCUUACCCUCUUUUUUGUUACUUGUUACUUUUUUUUACCCUUUUGUGUCAAUCUGUUCUUUUUUUUGUGUCAGUCUGUUACUUUUUCUUACCCUUUCGUGUCAGUCUGUUACCCUACUUCGUGUCUUCGUGUCUGUUACUCUGUUACUUUUUUUUUACCCUCUUCGUGUCAGUCUGUUGUUACUUGUCAGUCUGUUUUGCUACUUUUUCUUACCCUCUUCGUGUCAGUCUGUUACUUGCUACUUUUUCUUACCCUCUUCGUGUUUUUACUUUUUCUUACCUUCUUCGUGUCAGUCUGUUACUUGCUACUUUUUUCUUACCCUCUUCGUGUGAGUCUGUUACUUGCUACUUUUUAUUCUGUUACUCUUCGUGUCACCUCUUGUUACUUGCUACUUUUUCUUACCCUCUUCGUGUCAGCCUGUUACUUGCUACUUUUUCUUACCCUCUUCGUGUCAGUCUGUUACUUGCUACUUUUUCUUACUCUCUUCGUGUCAGUCUGUUACUUCUUACUUUUUCUUACCCACUUCGUGUCAGUCGGUUACUUGCUACUUUUUCUUACUCUCCUCGUGUCAAUCUGUUACUUUCUACUUUUUCUUACUCUCUUCGUGUCAGUCUGUUACUUGCUACCUUUUCUUACUCUCUUCGUGUCUGUCUGUUACUUGUUACUUUUUCUUACCCUCUUCGUGUCAGUCUGUUACUUGCUACUUUUUCCUAAUCUCUUUGUGUCAAUCUGUUACUUGUUACUUUUUCUUACCCUCUUCGUGUCAAUCUAUUACUUGCUAUUUUUUGUUACUCUCUUCGUGUCAGUCUGUUACUUGCUACUUUUUCAUAUCCUCUUCGUGUCAGUCUGUUACUUCCUACUUUUUCUUACUCUCUUCGUGUCAGCCUGUUACUUGUUACUUUUCUUACACUCUUCGUGUCAGUCUGUUACUUGUUACUUUUUCUUACUCUCUUCGUGUCGGUCUGUUACUUGUUACUUUUUCUUACCCUCUUCGUGUCAAUCUGUUACUUGCUACUUUUUCUUACCCUCUUUGUGUCAAUCUGUUACUUGUUACUUUUUCUUAACCUCUUCGUGUCAGUCUGCUACUUGCUACUUUCUCUUACUCUCUUCGUGUCACUCUAUUACUUGCUACUUUUUCUUAUUCUCUUCAUGUCAGUCUGUUACUUGCUACUUUUUUGUUACCCUCUUCGUGUCAUUCUGUUACUUUCUACUUUUUCUUACCCUCUUCGUUUCAAUCUAUUAUUUGCUACUUUUUCUUACUCUCUUCGUUUCAGUCUGUUACUUCAUUACUUUUCUUACCCUCUUUUUCUUACUUGCUAUUUUUUACUCUUCGUGUCAGUCUGUUACUUGUUACUUUUUUUUCUUCGUGUCAAUCUGUUACAUGCUACUUUUUCUUACUCUCUUCGUGUCAGUCUGUUACUUAAUACUUUUUCCUACCCACUUUGUGUCAAUCUGUUACUUGUUACUUUUUCUUAACCUCUUCGUGUCAGUCUGUUACUUGCUACUUUUUCUUACCCUCUUCGUGUCAGUCUCUUACUUGUUACUUUUUCUUACCCUCUUCGUGUCAGUCUCUUACUUGUUACUUUUUCUUACCCUCUUCGUGUCAAUCUGUUACUUGCUACUUUUUCUUAAUCUCUUCGUGUCAAUCUGUUACUUGCUACUUUUUCUUACUCUCUUCGUGUCAGUCUGUUACUUGCUAUUUUUUCUUACUCUCUUCGUGUCAGUCUGUUACUUGUUACUUUUUCUUACCCUCUUCGUUCAGUCUGUUACUUGCUACUUUUUUCUACUCUCUUUGUGUCAAUCUGUUACUUGUUACUUUUUCUUAACCUCUUCGUGUCAAUCUCUUACUUGCUACUUUUUCUUACCCACUUCAUGUCAAUCUAUUACUUGCUAUUUUUUCUUACACUCUUCGUGUCAGUCUGUUACUUGCUACUUUUUCUUACCCUCUUCGUGUCAUUCUGUUACUUCCAAUUUUUUCUUACUCUCUUCGUGUCAGUCUGUUACUUGUUACUUUUCUUACCCUCUUCGUGUCAGUCUGUUACUUGUUACUUUUUCUUACCCUCUUCGUGUCAGUCUGUUACUUGCUAUUUUUUCUUACACUCUUCGUGUCAGUCUGUUACCUGUUACUUUUUCUUACCCUCUUCGUGUCAUCUGUUACUUGCUACUUUUUCUUACCCUCUUCGUGUCAGUCUGUUGCUACUUUUUCUUACUCUCUUCGUGUCAGUCUGUUACUUGCUACUUUUUCUUAAUCUCUUCGUGUCACUCUAUUACUUGCUACUUUUUCUUAUUCUCUUCGUGUCAUCUGUUACUUGCUACUUUUUCUUACCCUCUUCGUGUCAGUCUGUUACUUGCUACUUUUUCUUACUCUCUUCGUGUCAGUCUGUUACUUGCUACUUUUUCUUACCCUCUUCGUGUCAGUCUGUUACUUGCUACUUUUUCUUACCCUCUUCGUGUCAGUCUGUUACUUGCUACUUUUUCUUACACUCUUCGUGUCAGUCUGUUACUUGCUACUUUUUUGUUACCCUUUUGUGUCAAUCUGUUACUUGCUACUUUUUCUUACCCUCUUCGUGUCAGUCUGUUACUUGCUACUUUUUUCUACUCUCUUUGUGUCAAUCUGUUACUUGUUACUUUUUCUUCCCCACUUCAUGUCAAUCUAUUACUUGCUAUUUUUUCUUACACUCUUCGUGUCAGUCUGUUACUUGCUACUUUUUCUUACCUUCUUCGUGUCAUUCUGUUACUUCCAAUUUUUUCUUACUCUCUUCGUGUCAGUCUGUUACUUGUUACUUUUCUUACCCUCUUCGUGUCAGUCUGUUACUUGCUACUUUUUCUUACCCUCUUCGUGUCAGUCUGUUACUUGCUAUUUUUUCUUACACUCUUCGUGUCAGUCUGUUACCUGUUACUUUUUCUUACCCUCUUCGUGUCAGUCUGUUACUUGCUACUUUUUCUUAACCUCUUCGUGUCAGUCUGUUACUUGCUACUUUUUCUUACCCUCUUCGUGUCAGUCUGUUGCUACUUUUUCUUACUCUCUUCGUGUCAGUCUGUUACUUGCUACUUUUUCUUACCCUCUUCGUGUCAAUCUGUUACUUGCUACUUUUUCUUAUUCUCUUCGUGUCAGUCUGUUACUUGCUACUUUUUUGUUACCCUCUACGUGUCAAUCUGUUACUUUCUACUUUUUCUUACUCUCUUCGUGUCAAUCUGUUACUUGCUAUUUUUUCUUACUCUCUUCGUGUCAGUUUGUUACUUGUUACUUUUUCUUACCCUCUUCGUGUCAGUCUGUUACUUGCUACUUUUUCUUACUCUCUUCGUGUCACUCUAUUACUUCCUACUUUUUCUUAUUCUCUUCGUGUCAGUCUGUUACUUGCUACUUUUUCUUACCCUCUUCGUGUCAGUCUGUUACUUGCUACUUUUUCUUACCCUCUUCGUGUCAAUCUGUUACUUGCUACUUUUUCUUACUCUCUUCGUGUCAGUCUGUUACUUGCUACUUUUUCUUACUCUCUUCGUGUCAGUCUGUUACUUGUUACUUUUUCUUACCCUCUUCGUGUCAGUCUGUUACAUGCUACUUUUUCCUACUCUCUUUGUGUCAAUCUGUUACUUGUUACUUUUUCUUAACCUCUUCGUGUCAAUCUCUUACUUGCUACUUUUUCUUACCCACUUCAUGUCAAUCUAUUACUUGCUAUUUUUUCUUACACUCUUCGUGUCAGUCUGCUACUUGCUACUUUUUCUUACCCUCUUCGUGUCAUUCUGUUACUUCAAUUUUUUUACUCUCUUCGUGUCAGUCUGUUACUUGUUACUUUUUCUUACCCUCUUCGUGUCAGUCUGUUACUUGUUACUUUUUCUUACCCUCUUCGUGUCAGUCUGUUACUUUGCUAUUUUUUUCUUACACUCUUCGUGUCAGUCUGUUACCUGUUACUUUUUCUUACCCUCUUCGUGUCAGUCUGUUACUUGUUACUUUUUCUUAACCUCUUCGUGUCAGUCUGUUACUUGCUACUUUUUCUUACCCUCUUCGUGUCAGUCUGUUGCUACUUUUUCUUACUCUCUUCGUGUCAGUCUGUUACUUGUUACUUUUCUUACCCUCUUCGUGUCAGUUUGUUACUUGUUACUUUUUCUUACUCUCUUCGUGUCAGUCUGUUACUUGUUACUUUUUCUUACCCUCUUCGUGUCAUCUGUUACUUGCUAUUUUUUCUUACUCUCUUCGUGUCAGUCUGUUACUUGUUACUUUUCUUACCCUCUUCGUGUCAGUUUGUUACUUGCUACUUUUUCUUACUCUCUUCGUGUCAAUCUGUUACUUGCUACUUUUUCUUACUCUCUUCGUGUCAAUCUGUUACUUGCUAUUUUUUCUUACUCUCUUCGUGUCAGUCUGUUACUUGUUACUUUUUCUUACCCUCUUCGUGUCAGUCUGUUACUUGCUAUUUUUUCUUACUCUCUUCGUGUCAAUCUGUUACUUUCUACUUUUUCUUACCCUCUUCGUGUCAGUCUGUUACUUGCUACUUUUUCUUACUCUCUUCGUGUCAAUCUGUUACUUGCUACUUUUUCUUACUCUCUUCGUGUCAAUCUGUUACUUGCUACUUUUUCUUACCCUCUUCGUGUCAAUCUGUUACUUGUUACUUUUUCUUACCCUCUUCGUGUCAGUCUGUCCUGUUAG